AUGGAGACAGCCCAGCCAAUCACAUCAUCCGGAGCACCCGGAGUUCAACCACACGAGCCACGACCAGAACGGAGUGAAGAACUCGCAGUGCGACUGGUCAUAAGCAUUAUUGACCUCGAUCGACAGAGUCAGUAUUCAGCGAUCCAAUGCUACUUUCGAUACAACGACCACCAGUGUCAACUCACCACGCAUCUGACGCGACGAAGCCUAACAGCACUCAGACGCGGGGACCGGAGGACUGGAUGCCUACUUAGUUCAACCGGCCCAUAA